AUGUCCGAAGCUAGUCGUUCAGUGGUGGAUCCGAACGGAAGCGAAUCAGCUUCACCAGCUUCUACAUUCACAGGAUGGGUCCUACAUGUGAACGAGAGUCUUUGGGAUCUCUCAUCCGAGAGGGAAUCCAUGCAGUCGUCGGGGCAGUCUGGACACUCUGGAUCAGAUGAGGAGACGGAACCCGUGAUUCAGGAGGACCUUCCAGAUCCAACCCCUCAGGAGGUUGCUGAUCAAGAUUAUCAUCAAGAUGUUCAAGAUCACAGAGAGUUUCCGUGCCUCUUCCAUUCGUACCUCACCAGAUGUGCUAAGGGCCAGUUCUGCAAUUUCUCUCACUCCAUCCAUGCGGAUCAGGUGAGACUUCCGUCAACGAAGACACGCCGUGGCACGGCACGCAAGCGCAUCCAGAGACGCCUGGCCAAGUAUUUCAAUGCAGCAAAUCUCUAUGAAGUGCACGAGCAUCUUCAGGAGGAGGCACAGAAGGAGCAUUAUGUCCGAGAACUGAUCAGCAUCUGGGAGCUGAUUUCAGGGAGGAAAGCAUUUGACUGCGAUAGCGACUUCCCCCACAGAGCUCACUUCUUCCAGUCCCCUCGUUCCCUGCAAAGCACAGUCAAUUGCAUCGCUGGUGUUGAAGCGAGUGAGCUUUCGUGUGAGUUCAAUACCUUAUUCUACUAUGUUCAUGGUCUACAGCCCAGCAAUCUGACGGCAGUUGUGAUUUUAUCGGGUCUUGUUGUGACGCCCGACACG